AUGAGGGCCUGUGUAGUAUUCCUGUGCUUACUGGCAGCAACAUUUGCCCUGUCUGUUAAAAGUAAACCACACGGAAAACAUCAUGGAUUGCAUAAGACUUCACACACGGCCAAAGAAAAGGACAUGAUCACAGAAGAGGCCAACAAGCCACAGAUCUUACCCACUUUAGUCCCAUUUGAGGACAGCAGCCACGAGCAGGAAGAUGAGGAACUGAGCACCGAAGAUAAUGCUAAUGCUAACAAGGCAGAGGGAGAGUUUGAGGGGGCUGAAAGGAGCGACAAAAGCACAGCAGUCUUGUUGAGUGAGGAGGAACUGGUAGACCUGCUGAAGACAGAAGCAGAGGAAGAAAGGGAAGAGAGUGAGCUGGAGGAAGAAGAAGUGGAGACGGACAAAGGCAAGGUGGAGUCUGAUGAGAUCACUGAGGAUGAGGAAGAUGAGGUGGAGGAAGAAAAGGAGCUGGACAAACAUGAAGUGGUGGUGCAAGUGAUGCCACUGGAGGAAAAGGUGGAAAAGUUUACUGAGAAAAUAACAGACAGAGAAGAGCAAAGGGCUUUGCUAGAGGAAACAGAUGGAAGCACAGAGUCAGAGAUCCCAGCGGAUCUUGACUAUGCUGCUGAUAGCAGCAUCUUACAAACUCUACAGACUGAAUCUGCUAAAAAUCCCGAUCACACUGAUGACACCCAGCCUCUUCCAAAAACAGAUGUGAAAGAGAGAGAAACCAGUGAGAAAGAACUGCCCGCCAUUGCAGAUGACUAUGAACAAAACAUACAAAACACGGAGGCGAUGGACAGGGAGGAAGUGUCCGAUCAAGACAAGGACAAAGAUUCAGAGGCCAAAUCUAAAGAAAUAAGUGUCAAUAAGAAAGAACCUAAAGCAAAUGUGGACUCCCGAGAACCAAAGGGCAGUGCAGCGUCUGAAUCAGGGUCCAGAGUGGCUGAAAAGGGAGAAGAGGAAAGUAAGAACAACAGUGGAAGUCACACCAAGGGAAAGAGGAGGAAGCAAAAGAAGAACCAAAGGGCGAGGAAGCACUCUCCACAGAGUGAGGACACACACUCUGGACAGGAUCAGAGCCAACAGGAUCCCCAGGAGUCUGACGGCAGCAGUGUUGACAAUACGGUCCACAAGGCAAAGAGAAGAAGGGCAGGAAAAUGGGGUCCUUUAGUAGGAAUGAAUCCAGUGCAGAUCAGAGCCACAGUGGACCUCUACCCCACUUCCAGGUCCUCCCUUGGUGGCGCCGUACAUCGCCCAGAAGCCCCUGCUGAUCCAUGUGACAACUUUCCCUGCAAACGUGGAAAGACGUGUAAACUUGAUGCGGACAAUAAGCCAGGCUGUGUGUGUCAAGAGCCAUCAGAAUGUCCUCCCAGUGUGAAUGAGUUUGAUCAUGUUUGUGGAACAGACAACAAAACCUAUGACACAUCAUGCGAACUCUUUGCUACUAAAUGCAACCUGGAGGGCACAAAGAGAGGACACAGACUCCACCUGGACUACACUGGGUCAUGCAAAUUAAUACCUCCGUGUGUGGACAAUGAGCUGAUCCAGUUCCCCCUGCGAAUGAGGGACUGGCUGAAAAAUGUGCUGCUGCAGCUCUACGAACACGACUCCAUGUCUCCUGGCUUCCUCACACCUAAACAACGUUUUAAAGUGAAAAAAAUCUAUGAGAGUGAGAGGCGUCUUCAUGCUGGUGAUCACUCUGUUGAGCUGCUGGCACAGGACUUUGAGAAGAACUACAACAUGUACAUAUACCCAGUGCACUGGCAGUUUGCUCAGCUGGACCAGCACCCCUCUGACAGAUUCUUGUCCCACUCAGAGCUGGCCCCACUUCGAGUCCCCCUGGUGCCAAUGGAGCACUGCACCUCACACUUCUUUCAGGAGUGUGAUGCUGACAAAGACAAGCAGGUGUCCUUUAAAGAAUGGACUUCCUGUUUUGGUAUCAAGAACGAGGAUAUGGACGUCAACCAGCUAUUUUGAGCUUCAUUUUCUUCCUCACUACACAAGCUCGUUGAAGCAGCUCCAGCAGUGCUGCUUGAGAAAGCAGCCUCUGUGAACCCCUGUAAUCUAAGGACCUCUGAUACAUACAGAAUCUCAGUUUACCAAGUGUUGGUGGUCAUUGCUGUUUUUUUGUGUCAGACUAAGCUUUGACAUUUGGAUCUUUGUUCCGUAAUUUAGACUAAGGUGCUAGAAUAAUUUGAUUAGAAUAUGAAAAGGAGGUAUUUUUAGCUGGUUUUCAUCCAGAAAACUGAUUUCUAAUGCAUUCCAAACUGGGGAAAAGUUUACAUCCGCUCAGUGGUAGACACGGUGUUGUUUGUGGUGCCAGGCUUCACAACACCAGGCUUCAGAAGAGCCGUUUGUAUGUUAGAGCAAUUUAGUGUACAAUUACUCUUUAAAUCAAGGUUAAGUAGAUUACAUUACACCCUUGUGUUACCAUAGAAAUUAUAAAACAAUAAAUGUGUUUCCAUCUUAUUAGCAAGUGCUGUAAAUGUUUGUUUUUGCAUCCUAUGUUUCAUUGUAGCUCUCAUUAAAGCUUUUAGGGCAGCAUGAUGACAUAAAAUAUUCACAACACGAUGACUUUUGUUUCUUUACAGUCCUGAAAUAAAGUUAUUGUAAUGUA